AUGGAUGCCAAAGGCUGUACAACAGUUUCUUCUUCAAUGCCACUCCAAAGCUGCUCUAGGAUUACAAAUUUUAGGACCAUCUCUUCUAACAAAAGCUGCCAUCGUGCUGGUCUUGAAAGCAACAGCUGCCAACCAACUGGGCAUAUUCUGAGAGCUCCCCAGACUCAGGGUUGUCAACCUUGCUUCUGUCACAUGCCUGUCUGCCUAACAAGCCAUGUCAGUGCCUGUCCCUCUCUGGGGAACUGCUACUGGUGUGGUGAAGGCAUCAACAGUAAUGAGAAGGAAACCAUGAAACUCUUGAACAAUCGCCUCACUAACUACCUGGAAAAGGUACAAAUGCUGGAACGAGAAAAUGCCAACCUGGAGUGUAAAAUCCAGGAGGAGUGUAACAAAGAGGUCCCCGUUGUGUGUCCUGACUACCUGUCCUACUACACUGCCAUCGAAGAGCUCCAGCAGAAGAUCUUGUGCACCAAGGCUGAGAAUUCCAGGCUGGUCUCACAAAUUGACAACACCAAACUGGCUGCUGAUGACUUGAGAGCCAAGUAUGAAACUGAGGUGUCCUUACACCAGCUGGUGGGAGCAGAUGCCAAGGGUCUGCAGCAAAUCCUAAAUGCACUGACGCUGGGCAAGGCUGACCUGACGGCACAGCUUGAGUCUCUGAAGGAGGCGCUCCUCUGCCUCAAAAGCAACCACGAACAGGAAGUCAAUUCCUUACAGAGUCAGCUUGGGGACAGAUUCAACAUUGAAGUGACCGCUGCCCCUUCUGUGGACCUAAACCAGGUUCUACAAAAAAUGAGAUGUCAAUAUGAGUCCAUUGUGGAGACAAACCUCAAAGAUGUAGAACAAUGGUUCAAUGCACAGAUAGAGGAGCUGAAUCAACAGGUGGCGAGCAGCUCUCAACAACAGCAGUCCUACCAGAAGGAGAUCAUUGAACUGAGACGCACCGUGAACUCUCUGCAGAUUGAACUACAGGCCCAGCACCAAAUGAGAGAUUCCCAGGAAUGCAUCCUGACGGAGACGGGGGCCCGCUACACAACCCUGCUGGCCCAGAUCCAGAGUCUGAUUGACAGCCUGGAGGCUCAACUGGCGGAGAUCCGGUGUGCCCUGGAGAGACAGAACCAAGAAUAUGAGAUUCUACUGAACAUCAAGUCCCAACUAGAGUGUGAGAUUGCCACAUACUGCAGCCUUCUGGAGAGCUCAGACAGCAAGCUUCCCUGUAACCCAUGUGCCACCAAAUGUGACCCUUCCACUUGCACAGCCUAUAAGGCCCAAGCUGUGGAUUGCAUGGCUCCAGUUUAUCCAACACGCAGUCAGCAUAUGUCCUCAGCCACCUGUGGGACACACGAGGCCAACAGUGCCUGCGAAACCCUGUCCCAGCUACUGGUUAAAAUAUGCACCAUCACCAAGGAGAUUAAGGAUGGGAAGGUCAUUUCUUUUUAUGAGCAUGUGCAGCCUUGCUUCAUCCCCAGACGUGCCAAAGUCUAA